GCCCACGAGGCCGUUUCCAGCGCGGAGCCCCGCCCAUAGCCCGUCCCCACCGCGGAGCCCCGCCCCGCAGGCUGCCGGGGGCCCACCGCCGCCCAGGCAAGGCCGCCCUGCUUUGGGCGCAGCGCUGCCAUGGCUGGGGGCCGUGGGGCCCCCGGACGCGGCCGGGACGAGCCUCCGGAGAGCUACCCGCAACGACAGGACCACGAGCUACAGGCCCUGGAGGCCAUCUACGGCGCGGACUUCCAAGACCUGCGGCCGGACGCUUGCGGACCGGUCAAAAAGCCCCCUGAAAUCAAUUUAGUUUUGUACCCUCAAGGCCUAACCGGUGAAGAAGUAUAUGUAAAAGUGGAUUUGAGGGUUAAAUGCCCACCUACCUAUCCAGAUGUAGUUCCUGAAAUAGAGUUAAAAAAUGCCAAAGGUCUAUCAAAUGAAAGUGUUAAUUUGUUAAAAUCUCGCCUAGAAGAACUGGCCAAGAAACACUGUGGGGAGGUGAUGAUCUUUGAACUGGCUUACCAUGUGCAGUCAUUUCUCAGCGAGCAUAACAAGCCCCCUCCCAAGUCUUUUCACGAAGAAAUGCUGGAAAGGCGGGCUCAAGAGGAGCAGCAGAGGCUGUUGGAGGCCAAGCGGAAAGAAGAGCAGGAGCAACGUGAAAUCCUACAUGAGAUUCAGAGAAGGAAAGAAGAGAUAAAAGAAGAGAAAAAAAGGAAAGAAAUGGCUAAGCAGGAACGUUUGGAAAUUGCUAAUUUGUCAAACCAAGAUCAUACCUCUAAGAAGGACCCAGGAGGACACAGAACGACUGCCAUUCUACAUGGAGGCUCUCCUGACUUUGUAGGAAAUGGUAAACAUCGGGCAAACUCCUCAGGAAGGUCUAGGCGAGAACGUCAGUAUUCUGUAUGUAAUAGUGAAGAUUCUCCUGGCUCUUGUGAAAUUCUGUAUUUCAAUAUGGGGAGUCCUGAUCAGCUCAUGGUACACAAAGGGAAAUGUAUUGGCAGUGAUGAACAACUUGGAAAAUUAGUCUACAAUGCUUUGGAAACAGCCACUGGUGGCUUUGUCUUGUUGUAUGAGUGGGUCCUUCAGUGGCAGAAAAAAAUGGGUCCAUUCCUUACCAGUCAAGAAAAAGAGAAGAUUGAUAAGUGCAAAAAGCAGAUUCAAGGAACAGAAACAGAAUUCAACUCACUGAUAAAAUUGAGCCAUCCAAAUGUAGUACGCUACCUUGCAAUGAAUCUCAAAGAGCAAGACGACUCCAUCGUGGUGGACAUUUUAGUGGAGCACAUUAGUGGGGUCUCUCUUGCUGCACACCUGAGCCACUCAGGCCCCAUCCCUGUGCAUCAACUUCGCAGGUACACAGCUCAGCUCCUGUCGGGCCUUGAUUAUCUGCACAGCAAUUCUGUGGUGCAUAAGGUCCUGAGUGCAUCUAAUGUCUUGGUGGAUGCAGAAGGCACCGUCAAGAUUACGGACUAUAGCAUUUCUAAGCGCCUCGCAGACAUUUGCAAGGAGGAUGUGUUUGAGCAAACCCGAGUUCGUUUUAGUGACAAUGCUCUGCCUUAUAAAACGGGGAAGAAAGGAGAUGUUUGGCGUCUUGGCCUUCUGCUGCUGUCCCUCAGCCAAGGGCAGGAAUGUGGAGAGUACCCUGUGACCAUCCCUAGUGACUUACCAGCUGACUUUCAAGAUUUUCUAAAGAAAUGUGUGUGCUUGGAUGACAAGGAAAGAUGGAGUCCCCAGCAGUUGUUGAAACACAGCUUUAUAAAUCCCCAGCCAAAAAUGCCUCUAGUGGAACAAAGUCCUGAAGAUUCUGGAGGACAAGAUUAUGUUGAGACUGUUAUUCCUAGCAACCGGCUACCCAGUGCUGCCUUCUUUAGUGAGACACAGAGACAGUUUUCCAGAUACUUCAUUGAGUUUGAAGAAUUACAGCUUCUUGGUAAAGGAGCUUUUGGAGCUGUCAUCAAGGUGCAGAACAAGUUGGACGGCUGCUGCUACGCAGUGAAGCGCAUCCCCAUCAACCCGGCCAGCCGGCAGUUCCGCAGGAUCAAGGGCGAGGUGACACUGCUGUCACGGCUGCACCAUGAGAACAUUGUGCGCUACUACAACGCCUGGAUCGAGCGGCACGAGCGGCCGGCGGGACCGGGGACGCCGCCCCCGGACUCCGGGCCCCUGGCCAAGGAUGACCGAGCUGCACGCGGGCAGCCGGCGAGCGACACAGACGGCCUGGACAGCAUAGAGGCCGCCGCGCCGCCACCCAUCCUCAGCAGCUCGGUGGAGUGGAGCACUUCGGGCGAGCGCUCGGCCAGUGCCCGUUUCCCUGCCACCGGCCCGGGCUCCAGCGAUGACGAGGACGACGACGAGGACGAGCACGGUGGCGUCUUCUCCCAGUCCUUCCUGCCUGCUUCAGAUUCUGAAAGUGACAUUAUCUUUGACAAUGAAGAUGAGAACAGUAAAAGUCAGAAUCAGGAUGAAGACUGCAAUGAAAAGAAUGGCUGCCAUGAAAGUGAGCCAUCAGUGACGACCGAGGCUGUGCACUACCUAUACAUCCAGAUGGAGUACUGUGAGAAGAGCACUUUACGAGACACCAUUGACCAGGGACUGUAUCGAGACACCAUCAGACUCUGGAGGCUUUUUCGAGAGAUUCUGGAUGGAUUAGCUUAUAUCCAUGAGAAAGGAAUGAUUCACCGGGAUUUGAAGCCUGUCAACAUUUUUUUGGAUUCUGAUGACCAUGUGAAAAUAGGUGAUUUUGGUUUGGCGACAGACCAUCUAGCCUUUUCUGCUGACAGCAAACAAGACGAUCAGACAGGAGACUUGAUUAAGUCAGACCCUUCAGGUCACUUAACUGGGAUGGUUGGCACUGCUCUCUAUGUAAGCCCAGAGGUCCAAGGAAGCACCAAAUCUGCAUACAACCAGAAAGUGGAUCUCUUCAGCCUGGGAAUUAUCUUCUUUGAGAUGUCCUAUCACCCCAUGGUCACAGCUUCAGAAAGGAUCUUUGUUCUCAACCAACUCAGAGAUCCUACUUCGCCUAAGUUUCCAGAAGACUUUGAUGAUGGAGAGCAUGCAAAGCAGAAAUCAGUCAUCUCCUGGCUGUUGAACCACGAUCCAGCAAAACGGCCCACAGCCACAGAACUGCUCAAGAGUGAGCUGCUGCCCCCACCCCAGAUGGAGGAGUCAGAGCUGCAUGAAGUACUGCACCACACACUGACCAACGUGGAUGGGAAGGCCUACCGCACCAUGAUGGCCCAGAUCUUCUCCCAGCGCAUCUCCCCUGCCAUCGAUUACACCUAUGACAGUGACAUACUGAAGGGCAACUUCUCAAUCCGUACAGCCAAGAUGCAGCAGCACGUGUGUGAAACCAUCAUCCGCAUCUUUAAGAGACACGGAGCUGUUCAGUUGUGUACCCCACUACUACUUCCCCGAAACAGACAAAUAUAUGAGCACAACGAAGCUGCCCUAUUCAUGGACCACAGCGGGAUGCUGGUGAUGCUUCCUUUUGACCUGCGGAUCCCUUUUGCAAGAUAUGUGGCAAGAAAUAAUAUAUUGAAUUUAAAACGAUACUGCAUAGAACGUGUGUUCAGGCCGCGCAAGUUAGAUCGAUUUCAUCCCAAAGAACUUCUGGAGUGUGCAUUUGAUAUUGUCACUUCUACCACCAACAGCUUUCUGCCAACUGCUGAAAUUAUCUACACUAUCUAUGAAAUCAUCCAAGAGUUUCCAGCACUUCAGGAAAGAAAUUACAGUAUUUAUUUGAACCAUACCAUGUUAUUGAAAGCAAUACUCUUACACUGUGGGAUCCCAGAAGAUAAACUCAGUCAAGUCUACAUUAUUCUGUAUGAUGCUGUGACAGAGAAGCUGACGAGGAGAGAAGUGGAAGCUAAAUUUUGUAAUCUGUCUUUGUCUUCUAAUAGUCUGUGUCGACUCUACAAGUUUAUUGAACAGAAGGGAGAUUUGCAAGAUCUAAUGCCAACAAUAAAUUCAUUAAUAAAACAGAAAACAGGUAUUGCGCAGUUGGUGAAGUAUGGCUUAAAAGACCUAGAGGAUGUUGUCGGACUGUUGAAGAAACUCGGCAUCAAGUUACAGGUCUUGAUCAAUUUGGGCUUGGUUUACAAGGUGCAGCAGCACAAUGGAAUCAUCUUCCAGUUUGUAGCGUUCAUCAAACGAAGGCAAAGGGCUGUACCUGAAAUCCUUGCAGCUGGAGGCAGAUAUGACCUGCUGAUUCCCCAGUUUAGAGGGCCACAAGCUCUGGGGCCAGUUCCCACUGCCAUUGGGGUCAGUAUAGCUAUAGACAAGAUAUCUGCUGCUGUCCUCAACAUGGAGGAACCUGUUACAAUAAGCUCUUGUGACCUCCUGGUUGUAAGUGUUGGCCAGAUGUCUAUGUCCAGGGCCAUCAACCUAACGCAGAAACUCUGGACAGCAGGCAUCACAGCAGAAAUCAUGUACGACUGGUCACAGUCCCAAGAGGAAUUACAAGAGUACUGCAGACAUCACGAAAUCACCUAUGUGGCCCUUGUCUCGGAUAAAGAAGGAAGCCAUGUCAAGGUUAAGUCUUUCGAGAAGGAAAGGCAGACAGAGAAGCGUGUGCUGGAGACUGAACUUGUGGACCACGUACUGCAGAAACUGAGGACUAAAGUCGGUGAUGAAAGGAAUGGCAGAGACGCUUCCGAUAAUCUUGCAGUGCAAAAUCUGAAGGGGUCAUUUUCUAAUGCUUCAGGUUUGUUUGAAAUCCAUGGAGCAACAGUGGUUCCCAUUGUGAGUGUGCUAGCCCCGGAGAAGCUGUCAGCCAGCACUAGGAGGCGCUAUGAAACUCAGGUACAAACUCGACUUCAGACCUCCCUUGCCAACUUACAUCAGAAAAGCAGUGAAAUUGAAAUUCUGGCUGUGGAUCUACCCAAAGAAACAAUAUUACAGUUCUUAUCAUUAGAGUGGGAUGCUGAUGAACAGGCAUUUAACACAACUGUAAAGCAGCUGCUGUCACGCCUGCCAAAGCAAAGAUACCUCAAAUUAGUCUGUGAUGAAAUUUAUAACAUCAAAGUAGAAAAAAAGGUGUCUGUGCUAUUUCUGUACAGCUAUAGAGAUGACUACUACAGAAUCUUAUUUUAACCCUAAAGAACUGUCGUUAACCUCAUUCAAACAGACAGAGGCUUAUACUGGAAUAAUGGAAUGUUGCACAUUCAUCGUAAUAUAAAAUUAAAUUCUAAGAAGAGGCUGGGUGCAGUGGCUCACACCUGUAAUCCCAGCACUUUGGGAAGCCAAGGCAGGAAGACUGCUUGAAACCAGGAGUUCGAGACCAGCCUGAGCAACAAAGCAAGACCCCAUCUCUAUAAAAACUAAAAAAAUUAGUUGGGCAUGGUGGCACAUGCCUGUAGUCCCAGCUACUCCAGAGGCUGAGAUGGAUCAUCUGAGCCUCAGGAGGUUGAGGCUGCAGUGAGCUGUGAUUGCGCCACUGCACUCCAGUCUGGGACAACAGAGCAAGACCCUGUCUUAAAAAAAAAAAAAAAAAAAAAAAAAAAAAAUUUUCUAAGAAGCUGUCCUACAAAGUUGAGCUUUGUUAGUUUUUCAUGUGUAAUAUAUUAUAAAUUUAUCUUUUGGGAUAUAAUAAAUGCUUUCAUAUA